UGUGUGUGUGUGUGUGUGUGUGUGUGUGUGUGUGUGUGUGUGUGUGUGUGUGUGUGUUUUACCGCAGUGAGCAGAGAACAAGCAGCAAGAAGAGAUGAGAGAAUGAGAAUGAAGGAAAUAUUUUGAGAGAUAAAACAAAAAGAGGAAAUAAAAGGCUUUAUUAAUAUUGGGAUUUCACCUGUACUUCAUCACCAUAAACAUCAUCAUCAUCAUCAUCAUCAUCACCCUUGCUCUUAUUCCUAUAUCCUUUUUAACUUCAACAAUCAUCACUCUGUCUCUCUGCUAUGGAGGGAAGUCCUCGGAAAAUUCAGUUCACAGUUCCACUGCUGGACUCUCACCUGGACCCUGAAGCUGCUGAGCAUAUCAGGAGGAGACGUCCGACUCCUGCCACGUUGGUUGCAUCCAGUGAUCCAUCAUCUCCCGAAAUAGAUGAAGAUCGUUUCCCACACCAGCUGUAUAAGCAGGCCUUGCUGAAUUCACCACGGCAGAGACGGAGAGGUGUGAAGGGAACUCCAACCAUGAAGGAGCUGCAGUUCCUAGUAGAACAUCAUGUGUGUCAGCUGCAGUCAGCAUCUGCAGCAGACGAGUCGUCAGAGAGUUGUGUUUCGGAUGUGGGCGGAGACGAGGACAUAGCAGAGCAUGAUGGGAGUUUGAACUCCACAGAUACAGCGCAGGAGUUUGAGAAGCUGUGCUGUCAAAUGGAGGCUUUUUCAAGAGAGAGUUUAUCAGAUGCUGCAGAAAUUGAAGCCUGUUAUUCUCAGGACAAACGUAACGCUCAGACGUCCACACAGCACAAACAAACAAGUCCAUCCUUGUCUGCAGCAGAAACAGAAGAGAUGAAGGAAAUAAAACAUUAAUGAUGAUGAUGAUGAU